AUGGUAUAUAAACGGCAACACCUGCAUCUGCUGCUUGCAGCCAUGCUGCUGGCCCCGCUUGUUACGGAGGUCAUGAUGCUGCCCCGGGUGCCAAUCCUCGGGAUUGUUCAGAAUCUCCUGUCGCCAAAUCACCUGUACGCCGUCAAGUACAGGGGUGUUUCAGCGACUGAGAUGCACAUCACUACGCUUUCCAGCAACUACACCAAAUUCAGCCUGCAAAUAGCCACGGGGCUCCCCUUUACGGCCCCCUCCACCUUCCAAUUCCUUCUGGGCUCUAAUGACGACCUUUACGCCAUAAACCUUACGGAUAUCAGGAGGCCUGAACUGACCAUCCUGCCUAGGACUGAUAAUUACCGCACUUUAAGCUUCAAGGGACCCAUCGGCAUCCCGCCUGGCAUCAUCACCAAUUCCACAGCUGUCCAGUUUGCUCUGGGCACGGGCGACACUCUCUUCAUGGUAAAGCCAGGAGGGGCUGAUUUUACGGAGAUUUACAUCCUUCCCCGUGUCCCCAACUACACCAAGCUGGCAGCUGUGGUCUACACAGCUCUCCCUGCAGCUAGCCCGUCGCUGUAUCGAUUCCUGCUGGGUGCAAACGAUGACCUGUAUGCUGUGAAGUACGGGGGAACGGCGUUUGUGGAAGUCACCAUCCUGAGCAAAGCUUCCUACUAUCAGAGUAUGAUAACACUGCCGACCAACAUGACGAAAACCACUGCGGCCGAGUAUCAAUUCCUCGUCUUGGCAUCGAGGCCAAAUGUACUCUAUGCAGUGCCAAAUGGAGGUGGCUUCCCUCCGCCGCCGCCUUCGCCGGCUCCACAGCCUUCGCCGUCGCCCCCGGCGCCACCCCCACCGCCAAGCAGCUGCACGAGCGCCUUCAGCUGCCUCCCAAGGAACUUCACGAGCAGCCGUGGGCUCCUCCAAGAUCCCUUCAGCCUGAUUGGCGGAGGCUCCCUCAGUACGGGUUCAGGGAAGAUCUUCUCCGACCUGUCCAUCGGUGCACUUGUGGAGAUUGCGAGAUCAUCGGCCGCCGGGGGCCAGAUCUGCCCCUUCGUCUCUAUUACAGGCAGCCAGAUAGCGCAACUGGCCGCGGGCUUACCAGGAGAUGUGGGAGGCUUCAACCAGUCGAACCUAGGCAGCGUACGCGAGGCGUGUCUCUCAAUUCUUAAACAGCUCUCAAAGUCUACUCGCUACGUGGUUGGUUUCAUUGCAAAUGAUCUCCCUUCCUCCUCGGGGGUGAACACAAACCUUUCAAAAGUCCUUUCUGCCGCGAACGUUUCCAUCUGCGCCGCCAUCAAUCCCUGCACGGGGGUCUACCAGUUCGGAUUUAAUAACCCUUCGCGGCAGGAGCUGUCAGUGUCUCAGGAUCCUCUCUUCACCUCCAACUUUACCCUAAGCACGCUGACUUUUAGCAGCGACCCCAGAUUGAUGCCCACUAUGGAUCUGCAGCGCCUAUGGAACCCCACCCUAAGCCCCAUGGCCGGAGGCACCAUUUCAAAUUAUAAGUUCAACGGCAAGAUGAUGGUGCAGGGCUCGCGGCUUGGCUGGGAACGAAGCACCAGUUUUGAUCUCCGGGCCAGGCGUUCCAACCAAUCGGUGGCUUUCUUUGAUUUCUACAACACUGAUACAGUUCAGCUAGCAUGGGACCCCCUAAGGAUCGGUGCAGGCCCCGAGGGCGGUGACGUCCGCAUGGGAAUGAUCAUCGACUCCUAUCCCAGAGUCAUAUUCUCGGACAAGAUGGACUUUGAACCUUUUGAAGGCUACGUGGACCCCUUCACGCUCCAUGGACUUUGGGAAACCUACUCAAACGGAAGCUAUAUGCUACAGCUUUCCACGGUGUCGCCUAUCCGUAUGGAAGAUGCUCUCCAGAACCUGGGUUACCCAAUAAUAGACACGGUGUACGGCCUCUUCCCUUACCAGCCCUUCUACCAUAACCAUAAUUACAAGGACGACUGGGACACCACAAUAUCCUGGUUUGUCACUCCAGAGACCUUUGCGCCUGUUGCAGGCCAGGAAGCAGCUCAGGCGCACCAGGCUAGACGCCCGGAGCCGGUUGUAUCACCAUCGAAACGACGUAAGCUCAAUGAGCCAUCGGCUGGCUCUGCUGGGGCAGGUCCAUCAGGCACACUGCCAGCGGACUUCUACACCCGCUCGUCCUUCCCGUAUGACAAGGCGGUGGAGAAGUGGCUGCAGAGGGCUGAGAAGCGUGGCCGUUACAUGCACAACUGACGAGUUUGCUAUGCCCUGGGACAUUGUACUGGCUGCGGUGUCGUGGUGAAAACGUAUGACAUAAUCCUGAACGCAUGUGGCAACGGACGGAAACAGCUGAGACUCUAAUGAAAUAUUCAUU